CGCAGGUGCUACUUGCUCCGCAAAGACUGGACAUACUUCCCGGGGUGGAGGCCGCGUCGCGCGCGAGCGCGGCGCCCUUGCACACCAUCUGGAGAACUGAUGCGGCGCGGUUGCGCAACGUGGAGAUGGACGCAAGUACAGACGUGCCAGAAGAGUCGACUAGCGACAAAGACUCAAAGUCAGGGCGGGAAGUCUCCCCUGCGGAGCCUCGAGCAGGGGUCCUGUGGGAAAACGCUGCGACUGCGUUCCGGGCAGCGCAGAUCGUGCUGAGUCAAGUAUCGCCCUCCAUCGAACUGCCAGCCGUACCGUUCCCGCCGGCCGAGGCGCUUCCCCCGGGGAGAAUGCAACGCCUGAGCGCGAGCGAAGCACGCUCGCUGGGCCUGCCGGGAAAGACCAUCAUUCUGGAUGGAGCCCACACUCCGGAGUCGUUCCACGAGCUCUGCGCAGCCUUUCGCGAGCGCAUGGGCGACCAAGUACCCCCAAAAGUGCUCUUCGUGGUCGCCAUGUCCAAUGACAAGGACCAUCGAAAGUGCCUCGGAGAACUGCGGGGCGCGGACCUAAACCUCCAAACCCUGGUUUUCACAGAAGUGCCGGUUGCGGGCUCAUUCGAGCGCGCCACACGCGCGGAGGCGCUCUCCGAAUGCUGGGCGGAGAUUGCGGAAGGUCACUCGACGGGAGAGGCCGUCUGCGAACCCGUCUUUGGGGCGGCGCUCCGCCGGGUUGCCGCGGCGCCCGAUGACGUCACGGUGUGCCUGGCGGGAUCGAUGCAUCUCGUCGGAGCUGCGCUGGCCAGAAUAGCGGGGCUCGACCGCGCAAUCAGUGAAGGGACGAAGCCCAGCUAGAGUGAAGCAUCUGGGGCGUAAAGUAGAGGGUUCUUAAAGUGGAACUGCUUGAUCAUUGGGUCGUCAGCGCUUCUCAGCAAGCUGACCCCCUUAGAAGACGUAGGAGGGAGCCCCGAAUGCAGAGGACCAGGUUUGCGAUUCGUAUGACGACGACUGAUUUCGACUAAUUAUUAAGCUCUUUUUUGAUGUUGAGAAUAUUAUGUUGCUCGACAAGCUCAGUAGGACCGACACCCGAGGCCGCCCGCUGAACCUUCAAAUGCAGGGCUGAUGGCCACCCAACAAUUAGUAUCAGUCAAGGCGGAUGGAGCGCGCUCCGAAGGCCCUAGCUGAUCAAAAUGUACAUUCUGGAAUGCCGCUUAGAGCAUGCACAUAUCUGUCAACGAGGCGCUCCUCUGUAGCUUGCAUCAGGCGGGAUAAGAGGCUGGUAAACA